GGACUAAAUUGCGAUUGACAAAUGUGGCGGUUUCGCGGGCAAAGCGAAUGUCUUCGGAAUCGUAGAGUAUUUUUCGCGUUGGCUGCGUUUUUUUAACAGCUUUUAAGCUUAUAUGGUGUUAAAAAAAGUUUUCGUGAAUAAUCAUCAAUCCCUGUUGGAUGUCUUAAAGAAAAGAGAGAGUGAUUCGUUGCCAGGCAAUCUUUGAUCGCGUCCUUGAACUUGAAAGCUUGAAGAAGUAUCCAUUGGUGCAAUUUUUUUCCAAAUGAAGAAGGCUUCGUCAAAUUUAAGUGCUUCCACCCCAAGUGAGAUGAGAAGUGAAACGAAAGCAAGGUUAGCCUAUUAUAUAAGUCUCCUUAUAGCGAAUAACCUGUAAUUAGCAAGAAUCAUCUUCUAUAGACUCCUUAAACAAAUGAAUUUGUAAGGCCGCAGCCUGGAGGCUGCUGUCACUUGCAGACGUCUACUAAGUUUUUUUGUAAAAUUUACUGCUAUGUAGUCCAUAAUAUUUGUGUAAGAUUCAAAAAUAUGCCAUGUCACAGAUUCUUCAGAUGGCGACUAAUAACUGUUUUAAAAACAUUGUUUAAAACAGUUGCUAGUCAAAAUCUGAAGAAUUUUAAAAAAUGUCUGUGCACACUGCCCCUUCGAAUUCACUGUUUUUCCAAAAAUUUAAUAAUCCCCAAUUACUGCUCAUUUAAAUGACAAGACUCUUAAACAAACACUGUCAGAGCUGACAUGCUAUCACAUACUUUAAAGCAACAUCCAAAGAAUUAUACACAUGUCAAGCAAAAAUAAUAAAAAAUAUUAUGAAAAUGCCAUUAGAAGUACUUGUCCACACGCCCCCACCCCUUCCCUCAACAUUCCUAUGGGCUCUUGCAUACCUUCUUUUGAUUCCAGGUUAAAAUUAUCCAUUGUUAACUUGCAGAAAGGCUUUUUAUCGAGUUCCUUCUCAGUUAGCAGUCAAUAAAUCCUCUACAGUUAUUAUUGUAACAAAAGUCAUGCACUCUCAACAAUCUCUAAAGAGGAAAUAGAGGGUCUGAUAAAAGACUGAUUAUGAAACAAUUAAUGCAUUAAUCAUAACUAUAACAAAAUUCUCAAAUCUGAUUGGCUAUCAACUGCCCUGAUUUCAGCCUUAAUUGGACUGUUUGAUAGGACAGUACGCGUCAUGCCUAAGUAAUUGGACAGUACGUGCCAUCACGCGUGCGCUUAAAUGGCUUUUUUUUCACUGCUAGCAAAACAAAAUUUCGAAUUUCUUGUGUUUUGAUUUUAAAAAUAGCCUAUUAUAUCACAAAUUUUGUUAAAGUUAUGAUUAAUUGGUAACAGAACUUCGUGUCGUCCAAUUUGGUCUGUAAUCAGACUCGUGAUUAAACAAAUCGGACUCCUGCUAUGCGGUCGUCCGAUUUUGUUAAUCUCUCGUAUGAUUACAGACCGAAUUGGACUCCACUCAGUCCUGUUACCAUUACUAAUAGGCCAUUUUACAGUUAUGGAUGGAAGCGAGGCUGGAGUUGACCUUGUUUUGCUACAAACCUUCCUGCUUUAUUAUGUAAAUCAAGUUAUUCUUAUGCUAACUAGUAUUUUUCAAUGACAAUUUCCAUAACAAAGCAAAGGAGGUUUGUAUCAAAACAAGGUCACCGUCAGCCUCACAUUCACUCGAGGGCUAGGGAGCUAAGUCCACAACUGUAAAAUAGUCUAUUCUUGGUUUGCAACCACACAACAAGAGAGCCAUGUUGUUUGACAAAACAGCUCGAAUUGUUUUCACAGAAUUUGCAGGAAAAAAGAGUUCAGUUCUAAGUGGGGGAAUCGUUGUCGAUCUUUUCAGCUACGUUGUAAUGUGGCCCCCAUGUCAUCAGUUGAAUCACUUUUUUUGCAUGUACUUUCUUUUGUAGAGACCAUGAACUGAAAGUCAUAACAGAGAGAAUUACUCUUGCAGAGAGGCAUUUCAACACAUUGUUAAAAGAUUUUGCAGCCUUAAGCACAGGACUGGUAUCUCUGCAAGAAAAAGGCAUGAAAUUAUCCAAAAGUGUUGACCUGUAUUCUGAUGAGGAAUAUCCAUCAAUGAAAGCAAGUUUGGCUGGUGUCAGCGAAAACAUAGCUUCAUUGCAGGAUUUCCUGGGCGCGCAGGUAAAAGUACUAGAAUACAUUGUAAAUAUACAGUCAAACCCACUCUUUAUGGACACCCACUUAAUACAAACACGGCCAUAAGGAUGAAUUAAUUAGAGAAAAUGUAUUAAGGGCUUUCUUUCCCCAGGGACAAAGCCAACUGUCCAUAGUUAUGUAAUAGGUUCCUUCACACCACCCAGUAACAAGUUAGUCAGUUAGUUAUAUUAGCUUAUGUAAAUUUUUUGUUUGUUGUUUUUGGUUUCCCCCUCGCUUCACGCUUGGUUUUUAUUUUGCAUAUUUAUAUAAUUAUGCUCACCUCACACUUGGGAAAAGAAGUGUCACAUUCUGAUUUGUUGUUUGUUUGUAAACUUAAGACUAACCCACGAACCAUGCUAGGGUAUAACUAUAGUUAGUCUGUAUUGUUUUGGAUCACCGAGGUGUAAAUUUUCUAAAAAAUAGUUAGAGUGAACAAAGACAGUGGUCACAUUACUGAAAUAGCUAACUGUAGUUAUUCCCGUCUUAACUAUAGUUAGUUGCCCAGAUGUGACCGCAGCCAGUGUCCUCAUUAAUAGGGGUUUGACAGUUAUGAAAAUGAUAAUAUUACUUUUUGUAUAAAACUGCUUUAUUCCAAAGACAUCAGUAAUAGAUAAAACUAGAAAUUAUUUUUCUCACAUUAAUAAUAUUGCACAUGAUAUAGCACAGCCGACGCUAAACUCAUGACUACCCAGGCUGGGCUGUGACUCAAAAACAGUUAUAAAACUUAUAAGGAAAUAUGACAAAGAUAGUGUGGGAAGGGACCUUUUUGUGAGGGGAUGGCUCUGUCUUGUGGUUCAAAUAAGAUCACCCUUUUAUAAGAACAUACAGUAGCAAUAUACCACUUUUGACCAAAAUGAUUCCCCUUAUAAUAACAGCUUGUAAAAACUUAAUAGUUACUUUAUUCUCUUUCUUGAGUUAAUUAACCUUGUGAAGUACAUGUACUCGGAUCGAUUCUAGGCAUCUUUUGAAAAGUUACAUAUAUAUGUACUUUGUCCAGCUCUUUUAAAAUUAAAGAGUUAUUUUCUUGUUAUUUUCUAUUCCCACCUCUCAUUAAAUCCCUACAAUUUUAGAUCCUGCUAGCCCUUUUAAGAAUAAGGUACAGGUACCCCUGUCAUGAGGAGCAUCCCUCAAUAUUCCCAUAUUGGGAAUAUUCCCUAGUUCCUCCCUCCACUGGUAAGAUGUUCUAUUAUAGGAGUAUGCCCUCCUCCCUCCAGGUAAGAUGUAAACAUUUCUUUUGAUUAGGAUGAAAAGCUGCUCUCAGCUGAUUGACCAUUAAAUAAAAACCAAGUCCUUCUUAACUCAAGUGUUAGGAUCUAAACAUGUCAUAUAAUAGAAAAUAAUAAUAUUUUAUUUUAUUAUAUAGACACAAGUCUUUUACUGGAAAAUAUACCACUUGUAAAAUUCAUAAAAACUAUAUCCGGGACGCGAGUGGUUUAUUUUCCAUAAUCUCACUCGUGAGUUUAUCAAUGACGUAAUUUUGGUAAUUUCCCUCAGCUCUAUUAUUUUGUCGAUGUCUUUUUGUCUAUAUAAUAAAAAGAACAUUACAUGGCGGCUUGAAGAUAUGGAUUUUAUUUUCUCGUGGCAAAAACAAUAUUUUAUUCACUCGCUGUGCUCGUUCGUAAAAUAUUGUUUUGCCACUCGAAAAUAAAAUUCAUAUCUUCGUGCCACCAUGUAAUAUCCUCUAUUUAUUUUCAGGCAGAGUUUGUGCAUGCAAAAGUUUCACCUCCUCUUUCUCUGAAUGCUACAAAUUGUAAACAUGCCAGAGAAUAUGUUAAAGAACUUAAUGCUACAAGAGAAAAGGAAAUACUGAAACGUAAAGCACUGGAUAAAGUAAAAACAAAAGAACCAAGAAACAAAGGAAAAAUCGUAUCCUUACAUAAGGCAAUGGUUACAUAUAUGGUUUAUUAAUCUGAAGCAAAGAAACUAAUGUUACCCAACUGAGUGUAUGUUUUUUUUUUUUCGUAUAGAACAAGCAGAAUAAAUUUAAAAUUCAAUGUUUAGCUUCAGUCAUUACAGAUCGUAUUGCAAAUUUUUGCCUGUUUAGGAGGCAGGUAUCAUUAGGGACAAGAUAGAGCUCAAGCCACUUCCAGAUUUGGGUCUCAUAUCUAGGUUGAAAUUUAAUCCUACCCCAUCCCCACAUCCCACAUCCCUUCUUCAUCAGGGCAUCCAUUCCACAAUCAAUUCAUUCAAAUUGUAGUUAUUUAAAUCUUUAGCUGCAUUGUUUCAUCCUUAACUGUUUUCAGUCCCAGGUGGGUUAAAAAAAAUUAAGUGCAUGAUCAACUUUUGCUGUGUCUCACUUUUCAAUGAUGUACGGAGAAGAUGAAACAUGGCCUUGGUUGAGGAUAUGGAGGCACCAGUAAAUAUUUGCAUAUUUAUAUUGGAAGGGUUUUCAUGAGAUUUAACAGGCACACAAAAAAUAUUAUUAGUCAGAAGAAUUUGCUUCUGUAGAAACCAUGUGGUAAAUACCACAUCCAAAAAAAGGACCUCAAAAUAAAUUAUUAUAUUAAUUAUAAAUCUUUUACCUAAAGACCUCAUUAUGGGUUAAAUUUUUAAAAGAAAAUACCAUUUACCCAGAACCCAUGCGUUAGAAUUUAACCCUGGGAUAAUGUUGGCAACAACAAGUUUCUCAAAAGCCAACAAGCUCUGUUUUCCAAAAGUUUGACUAUUAUUUUUAUCAGGGGCACCCAACGGCAAUUUUCGGGAAAAUAUCUGUUCGGAAGACGAUUUGAGAUCUAGAAUUUUCGGAGCAUUUGUUGUAAAAUUUCUUGCUUGCCUGCCUCUCGUAGGAUUUUCGAACAUCUACAAAAUGGUAUAAUUACCCAUUUUUAACGGAUUUUGACCCUAAAAAAGGCCACCUAGAAUUUUCGAAAGCCUUUUCCUGGCUGACAUUUUCGAGAAGGUAAGUUUUUAUCCCUAUUUAAUUUUCGGAUCACUAGACUUUCAGCUAGGAAAUCCGAACAGAUGAAAAGUUUUUAGGAGAUAAAAAUAUGCCUAUAUCUACUGUUUGAAUACUAAAAUACAUUCAACAAUGCUAUGUUAAGUGAGUUUUGAAUUAUAUCCUCGUUGGGUGCCCCUGUUUUUGUGACUGCUUUAGGACUAGUUAAUCUAAAUUAGGCUAUGAUUUAAUAGUUUUUCUUACAUUUUGGUGCUUGUGAAAAUAGUAGAAUAAUACUAUUAAUGUUUAACCCUUUUAAGCUUGAGCAGGACCUUCAGAAACUAACAGUUGAUGCAAACCGAGCAAGGCAGACUCUUGAGGAACAGAUGAUAGAAUUUGAAAGAAAAAAGAUGGAAGACAUUAAGGUAAAUUUUCAUACAAGAGAAAAUAAUUUGUAAUCCUUGCAUGAAAGAGAGUCCGUUUGAAGGAGGCAGACUGUAAAAUUUUGUUACUUGUUGCACCUGCACAUAUCCUGCAACACAAGGUCACUUUCCAAAAGUCAGAACUAUUUAUUUUGAAACAAACCGCCCACCAGUACCCCUCCCCUAAGCCAACAUCAACACUUACUUCUCACUUAGGGCAAAAUGUUGGCUUAGGGGAGGGGUAGGUGGGGAGUUUCCCAGAAACAUUUUAUGAUUCCAAAAACCUAUCAGCCCCUUGCAUUUAGGAAUUGACUGAUUUGACUGGACAGUUUUGAUUAAAAGUGAGAUUCUUGUUAUGAUGGGAAUGGCCUGGUUGACCGGUCCUGACAAAUGGAACUGAGCUUGUUGGUGAUGCUUUGAGCUAAUCCAGCUCAACUUGACAUCAUUCAAGCUUGUUCGCAAGAAGAUGAGGCACUUGCAACAAAGAACAAUAUGUUAUCUUUAUUUGAAAACAAAAAGAAAAUUUAAAAUAACGGGUCACUUUUAUAUUAAAACUUUGAGUGUUACCCUAGGAUUUCAAGUAGCUGGAAAGCACAAAAAUUCUCAGAUAUUCUCAGUUUCCGGGAUUUGACCCAAAUACAGUACGGGAUUCCUGAAAACGCAAAAAUUUUUGACGGGAUACGGGAUUUGACUGCUACCCAGGAAGCGGGAUUCGCCAAAAUUUUGGCACGGGAUGCGGCUUUUGGAAAGAAAACGGUAUUCGGCAGGCGGUAUUCGGGAUACAGAUGACAGAAGUUCGGGAUGCGGGAUUGUCGUGAAAAAGAGCGGAAAUGCGGGAUCAGGACCAACACCACCCCCCCGCCCCCCGCCUCCGCCCCCUUCCAGACCCUAUUUCUUGCCCGUUGCUGUUAAGUGUUGUUGCUACGGAACGGUCUUUUUAUGCAAUAAAAAGCAGGAGAUUUCUCUUAGAUUAAGAAACUAAUGAUACCUUUUUCAUUGCUCUCACAGACGGUAUUCAGUAAUUUCUUUCAUGGUCAGAUGUAUUUUCAUGCAAAGGCACUAGAACUUUAUACAACUGCUAUUCAAAAUCUUGUUUCCAUGGACGAGGAGCAAGAUAUUGAGGUUAUAUAUUUGUUGUUGUUGUUGUUGUUGUGUUUUUUUUUUCUACCUUAAAUUUCACAUUUGUUAUUUGUUAUUUAUUAUUUACGUUAAAGAACAAGUAUGUGUGAAAGCGCGGGAAAGCCGUAGUGCAAGCCGCUGCAUAGCGCGGGAAAACUUGCAAGCAAAACUUGCAGGCUCUGUUUGCACAGCAGCGCAAGAAAACAUGCAAGCCGCUGCAUAGAGCGAGAAAAACUUGUGAGCUCUGUUAUGCACAGGAAAACUUGCAAGCUCCAGACUCCUACCCAGUUGCUUCUCUGUAUGGGUUGUGACUGCGCGCGUCAAAUUGCCUUUCCAUAUUUCUUUGCGAGUAUAAAUAUAUGUGGUGACUGGGUACGAGUCUGUUGUAAGCUCUGUUAUGCACAGGAAAGCAUGGAAGCCGCUGCAUAGCGCGGGAAAAACUUGUAAGCUCUGUUAUGCGCGGGAAAAUCAAGCGGUGUCGCGAAGCAUGGGAAAAGGCGUUGUAUUCAUCUUCACUGCUGUUUCUUUUUUUUUAUUUUAACGAGAAAAAUCAAACUUAAGAACGUUAGUCGACGUUUCGAUGUUGUUAAAAGAGUUCAAGUCUGAAUAAAUUAGAUUGUGUGUUCGCUGAUGCGCUGAAGCUGUAGUUGUGGGUUGGUUGUGAAAAUUUUUAUUGGAAAAUGUUUUAACUCUUGAUAGGCAUUUCAGAACGACCUUCAUUCCGCUCAUCACCCAACACGACUUGACGUAGUAAGGGAUGGUUCUCAGACCUCGCUCAAUCGAUUUAGCUCCCAAGGAUCCUUGGGAUCGCAGAUGUCACUGAACAAGACUGGGAGGAGCGAUAGAGGAGCCGACGGAGACGAUGAUGAUACUAGCGACUUCGAAUAAGGGAAAUUAUUGGUAGCAGGAGACGAUCAACACUGGUUUCUAUCUUUUAUGUAGGCUUGGGUUAUUAAGUAAGCCAAACAGAGCAGACUAGGAUUUCCAGCAAAUGCGGAUGAAAUGAGCAAAAUAUCGAACAAAUAGUACAAAACAAGCCUGUUUCGUAUCUUUAAAAUUCACUCUUAGCACCAAGGCUGAGGGGUAUAAAACAAAAGAAAGCACAUUGACAUUCAGCGAGAAUCAGUUCAUCGAGACUUUUGCUUUUCGCUCAGACUCGGAGCAAGAUGAAGACUAAAGGAGGGUCCGCUUGCAGAUAGACUCGGAGCCAAGUAUGAAUUUUGAGAAUUCGAAAAAGGCGUAUUGAUUGAACAACUUUAGGCUAAGCAGCAGCUGAAUGUGGCCCAGGAAGUCACCCAGGGUGCUUACCACUUGACCAAAAAAUCCGGUUGGGGUGUCCAGCAGCACAUAAUGGUAAGCUGUUUUUCAGUUAAUCGUACAAUUGCCACAUCCUUCUCGGUUUGAAUCCAAAAAAGACGCGAAUUUGUGAAGCAUGAGUUUGUUUCAGAAUCGUUGGCCAAAUGAUAUGUACCCUCCAUCUACAAGAUUAAGUGCUAUGUUGGAUUGUGCGAGCGUACGUUUGUGAUCGUGGUAAAAUCCACGGAAAAAAUUGAGGGUGCGCUAAGAGACUGUUUUGGGGACGCUAUAAAUCUCGUCUUUCAUGGACUAUUUCGAAGAUGCGCCGAAAACUGGGUCAAAUGUUUACUUGUGUGACUGCUUAAAAGCAUGCAGAGUCAAUUCUUACGUAUAGUAGUCUGCUACACAACCGUAUUUAGUGUCGUCACAUAUAGUAGU